AUGGAGACGUUUUCACAAGAUUCUCUUGCUGCAUUGCUUAUGGCACCUAAUGAAACUUUGCCACUACAACCACAACCACCACCAUCCCAAAUUGUAAACGAUAAAAUAAGUCAAUAUGCAACGGAAAAACUCAAAUAUCCGUUGAAAUUAGACUUGGAAAACACUUUUUUCGACACCUUAUUAUCACCCGUGGAAGAAAUGAGACGAAUGCUUUCUCGGAGUUUACAAGAAAAGGUGACGAUUUGGGGAAUUCCGUUAUUGAAAGACAAUAGGACGGAUGUUGUUUUGUUGAAGUUCUUAAAGGCAAGAGAUUUUCAAGUGGAUGAAGCUUUUGAUAUGUUAAGAAAAACUAUAGUAUGGAGAAAGGAAUUUAAUGUGGAUAAACUAGUCAUGAUGAGUGAAAAUGAUGUUGAAAAUGUUAUGUUGAUACAUGGGAAGGAUAAGGAAGGGAGUUUGGUUUUUUAUUGUAAUAUGAUGUUUAUAGACAAGGAGAAUUUGUUGAGAUGUUGGAUUCAAUUGUUGGAAAAAAGUAUAAGGAAAUUGGAUUUUAGUCCUGUUGGGAAUACUACUUUACUUCAAGUAAUUGAUGUUAAGAAUUUUUCAGGAUGUGGAUUCAAUGAGCUUAGGAUUGCCACUACACAAACUCUUCAAGAUAACUAUCCACAACUUGUCACCAAACAGGUGUUCAUAAAUAUCCCAGGGUGGUACAUGGGUUUCCACAAAAUGAUUAGUCCAUUCUUGAGCAAAAGAACCAAAGAGAAGUUUGCUUUUGCUAGUGCAUCAGAAAGUGCAGAAACCCUUCUCAACAACAUUUCUCCUGAACAUUUGCCAGUCCAAUUCGGUGGCAUUAGUAACCAUAAUUUUGAUGAGGAUAACAAAGAGUUCACUAACAAAGAUCCAGCCACACUCAUCACUCUUAAACCUAGAUGCAAACAAGCUAUUGAAAUUCUUGUAAAUCAUAAUGAGAGGUGCCUCAUUAGGUGGGAGCUAAGAGUGGUUGGAUGGGAAGUGAAGUACUGUGCUGAGUAUGUUCCAAGGGAUGAAUGUGCUUACAGUAUAAUAGUUCAAAAGGCUAGGAAGAUUUUUCCAAGUGAUGAACAAGUCAUUUCUGGCUGUUUCUAUACAGGAUGUGAUUGUGAAGGUAAGAUGGUGCUCACAAUUGAUAACCCUACCUCCAACAACAAGAAAGUUAUCUACAGGUCCAAGGUUACACUCUGUCAUGAUAAUGCUUGA